UCCUAGUACUUCCUUAAAAACAGCUACUUAAUGCAACAUUGCCAGCUUGUCUUGAUAGUUGUGUUUUCACUAUUCUGAUAUUAAUGCAACACCUUCGGAGUGGCUUCCUGGGCUGGUGAGCAGACUCAGCCUCGUGGAGGGCAGCCUCGGCUAUACCACUGCCUUCAUUCCCCACCGAAGGAUUACUCACUCAGUCAAGCAUGAUUUGUCUUGAGCAAGACAACCUGGGUCAAGAAUUUGAAGAUGCUUUUGACAUAUUGAGGCAACACUCUACUGGGGAUCCCCAGUACUCCUCUGAUCACAGAAAUUACCAGCCUCUGUCUAACUACUAUCCUCAAAUCAGAGGACACUCCAACUGCUUCGGAUUUCCUACGGUAUCACCUACAGAGCAGUCUGCCCACGACUGGAGAACAGUCAUCAACAGUGCUGCUGACUUAAAUUUUGAAGGGAAUAUUUAUCCAUCGCUGCAGAAUAUAACUGAAAGCCAGUUGGUACCACCUGCUGUUUUCCCACAAAAAGGAGGAAAAGGCAGGAAGAAGCUGAGACUAUUUGAAUACCUUCACGAAUCCUUGUGCAAUCCCGAGAUGUCAUCUUGUAUUCAGUGGGUUGAUAAAAAUAAAGGCGUCUUUCAGUUUAUCUCCAAAAAUAAAGAAACACUUGCUGAGCUUUGGGGGAAAAGGAAAGGCAACAGGAAGACCAUGACUUACCAGAAAAUGGCCAGAGCCUUGAGGAAUUAUGCACGGACGGGAGAAAUCAUCAAAAUCCGGAGAAAGCUCACCUACCAAUUCAGUGAUGUCAUCCUCCAGAGGCUUUCUGCUCCUCCUGCCUUGGGGAAGGAAAUCUUCUGCUCACAGUACGUCCAGCCAGACCAAAGAUAUCUCAGUUUAAAUAGUUGGGAUGCCAAUUACAACUAUGCAUAUGCCAAUUACCAGGAGCUAAAGUACCCGGUAUGCUAACUAUGCUCUGCCAUUUACUGGUCUCCUGUCAUCAGAAAAUGCUACAAACGUCAGGAUUGUUUACUUGAAGCAAGCACUUCCCACCUUCAUAGUCAUAGGUUCCGCAUCAAGAAUUCAGCCAAUUAUGCAUCAAAGUAUUAAAAAAAGAAAUUGUGCCUCUUUUUAAAUGAUACAAUAGUGCAAUGAUAGCAUUUAUGUUGCACAUUUUUCCUAGUUCAUGCAAAUCCUAGGCCAAUUUUAUAUGAGGAAGUUGAGCAUCUGUGGAUUUAAGGAUCAGAGGGGCUCAUGAAACCAAUCUCAUAUAUUGAGGGAUAAUUGUAGUAGAGGAAACAAAGUCCAAUUAUCUUAAUUAUUGCUAUCUUUUAUCAGUUAGCAUAUAGUCUAUACUAGCAUGGGGGAAGUUUUGCCAGUAUUCUAUUGUUUGAAUGUUCAAUCCUUGUUUGGGAGUAUAGAGGAAAUUACUUUUUUUGCUUCCAUGCAAGCAUUUUCUUUUCUUCCAGAUUAUGUCAAAGUACAUUAUUUGAUUUAUAUAUUGAUUUAAACAUUUCCUUCCAUAUACUCAGGU